AUGUCCCCGAGCCAGCCGGCCUCCUCCUCCACCGUGCCCUCCGGCCUCUCCGGCCACGUGGACGCGAGCAGGGCGGCGACCAGUCUGUCACCAGACAGCCCCUUGAGCGCCCAUCUCCGCGCGUCUCCACCCCGACAACACCCUCCACCCCGACACCCGACGCGCGAGGCCGGAGAUGCCCAGGUCAGAUCGACCACGGACUCCCCCGCCCACCGCACGCAGGUGCUGUCCGAGCCCACGUUCAACAAAUGCAGGCCCAGACCCGCCGCCCAGUCCGCCAGCACCGCGCCCUUCGCGUCCGGCCGCCGGGAACCCCAGAGCGCGGACUUCGCAUUGAAGUCCCCGGCGACCAACAACAGGCCGCGGGGGUGCCGAACUAUGCACCCCCCAGCCUGUCCAGGAACCCCUCGUACUCGGCGAGACUCAGGCUCGGGACACGUAGACCCCGACCACGGUGAUGCCUCCCCACUGCGCCGCCACGAACUCCCCCCCGACCUCCAACACUCGGAGGGAGGGGAGCCCGCGGCGUCGCCGCGCACGAUCGCGACGAGGCCCCCCCCGCCGACGCCCAACUGGGGCUGUCCGCGGGGGCCUGAAGGGCUCCGCCGCGAUCCCCAACGCGUAACCGCGCUCCGCCAGGCUCUGGAGGAAAAGAUCCUGAGCCCGGCGGGCGCGGUUAAGGUUGGCCUGGAGGACCAGGCCCGCCAUUACUCCACGUCCAUGGCGGGCUCCUCCAGGCCCCUCGCACCAUCGUCGUCCUUUUCCUCCGCCUUCUUCUUCCCCAUGGAGCGGGUCACCCGUCGGGGCUUCGGCUCCUCCUCCCGCGGAGGAGCCGCCCUCCCUUGUCCCCAUCAGCAGGCGUCGGCGCCAGCGCCGCGCCCGCCGACGGGGCCGCCUGUCUGGGAGCCGGAGAGGCGACCCUUUGCGGGCGAGGAGCGGCCUCCGUCGGCCGCGCCCCUCCCUGGGCCGCCGUCUCCGACCCCCUUUGCACCCCACUUUUCCCUCCCUUGGAGGGCGGAGCACAGGCCGCGCUACCCAGCCUGUGGUCCGCCCUCCUGCCGAGACCCGUGCACAGAGGGCACUUCGGGUCAGCGGCGCAUCCGCGCGCCCGAUGACCCGCCGCGCCACACCUGUAGCACAGGUCUCGGCGGUCCUCGCGACUGGGGCACGUCGCUUGCACGUGCCCCUUCGCCAGCACCUUAA